UUUGUUUACUACAGUUGAUAAAAUGCUUCCUUUAAUUGCUAAAACUGCUUCAUCUUUCAUUAGUUGCGCAACAACACUGUAAAGAAAACCUAAAAUGGUUUUUGAAAUAACAGGCAAAGUCGCUCUGAUUUCUGGAGGCGCCUCUGGAAUUGGUCUCAGAUAUGCCAAAGAAUUACUGAGAAGUGGUUUGAAGGGUGUUACUUUAGCCGAUGUUAACAAUGCAUUUGGGCAAAAAGCGUUACAAGAAAUUGAAAAAGAGUUUGGUCCAAAGAAGGCCAUUUACGUUCAAACAGACGUAACAGAUAUGAAAAGUUUUGAAAACGCUUUUAAAAAAACAAUUGAAGCAUUUCAAAACCUAGAUAUUCUCAUCAACAAUGCGGGAAUUCUGAAUGAUGCCACUUGGGAGAAAGAAGUUGCAAUAAAUAUUAACGGAGUGAUUCAUGGCGUUCUCCUUGGGCUUGAAAAUUACAUUCCGAAAUAUAAAUCUAGUGCAGAAGGAGUUAUUGUGAACAUUUCGUCCAUUGCUGGCAUCAAAGAAUUCAGUAUUAUUCCGAUAUACACUGCUACAAAAUUUGCAGUGAUGGGAAUGAGUAAAGCUUUUGGAGAUGAAGACCAUUACAACCGUACCAAAGUCAAAGUUCUAGCUUUGUGUCCUGGAGUUACUGACACACCGUUGAUUACUGAAAUUGAUGGCAAAAAUUUAGGUCCGCCGUAUCAAAAAUUGCUUGAAGAAAAUCUCAGCAAAUUGCCAUCUCAACAAAAUUGCGUCCGAAGCUUUCGCAGAAGUAGUGUGUAGGUCUUUACCUAUUGCUAUACAAGAUGUAUCAUCAGCAAAUUGACAGGAACGAAUAGCAGCGGCCCCAAUAUGGAUCCUUGAGGAACACCUUUUGAAAUGGUUAUUGGCUCGGACAACACAUUCAAGAUAGCGCCAUUUCACCAUUAAGUGAAACGAACUCUUUGAGACCUGUCGGAUAAAUAAGAUCGGAAAAGUUCUAAUGCAAUGCCUCUGACACCAAUAUUGAACAACUUGGUUAAUAAUAUUUCAUGAUCAAGUGUGUCAAAUGCUUUAGUAAGGUCAAAAUAAAUACCGAUGACUGAUU